AUGGCCGAGUGUUGCUUGGAGGAAUUCACGUCUUCGCAGCAAAUGCCAUGCUCAAAUCAGCGCCGUGUCUUGCCUAUCUCCGCCCUUUACCUCGCGCCUCGCGUCUUCGGGGGUAACGACGCGUGGGGUGCUGCCGAUAAUGGUCCAGCCGCUUUUGCAUCAAGUGAUGCUACAGGUGAUGCUGCCGUCACGGUCACCCAUUCUGGUUUGUCGGGUGGGCUUGUGACAAGCAAGGCGCUGAAGCACACCGGCAAGGGAGGCGACGAAAGCGACGAAUGCGACAAUUGCAAGAAAAUCACCGACGAAUCUGACAACAAUGUGGGCGAUUCGGAUGACGAGGCGUCCGUGACGUCCACUUUCUCGUGCUUAUCCAGAAACACGUCGACUUCGUCACUGUCCGAUUCGAUCGCACAGGCGGCUGGGGACAAGCAGUGUGCUACUGACGAGUGUGACACGGAAGUUCGUUUGCCCGACGACCUCUACACGAAGGAAGCGCGUAUAGCAUUUUCGGAUCAAGACAGCACGCAGCGGGCGACGGGGGCGACCAGCGGGCUCCACCAGCUGCAGCCGCCGCAGGCGAGGCUCGUGCUGCGAGAGUCGUGCGUGCAACGGAUCUACGUGCAGCACGCGAUGCUCGUCCAGCACCGGCGAAGGAUGCAUUGGCUACAACAGCAGCACAUGCAGCAACAGCACUUCCAGAGCGGUGCGGCGGGGUGGCAGUCAGCAGGAAUGCCUCGGCGAGCUUUCGUUCCGCCACGCUUCCGUCGGCCUCAAGCCUAUUGUGGCACGGGAGUGUUCCUGCUUGGAACCGCCUACUAUGGUUGUUGCUGA